UUUUUCUUCUACUUCGAUAAUAUUACUCAUAUUAUUAUACGAGCAGAAUUCGAACGGUAAAAUACACAUGCUUCCAUCUGUAAACGAGCCUUAUAGAUUUGUGGAACAGAGUCUAUUCUCUCUCCUCCACAAAUGCAGACUUUCUGAUCACCUAUUCCAAAUCCAAUCCCAAAUCAUCAUCCAUGGCCUCCUCCAAAGUCGGCGCCUUGCUCCCAAAUCCGCCAUUGCCUUCUUUGAAUCCAGCAAUCCGCAAUCCGCCCGUCAACUGUUCGAUCAAAUUCUUCAACCGGACACCGUUCUCUGGAACGUCAUGUUCAAAGGCUCCGCAGAGGCCGGCCUCCACAGAGAGACGCUGCUGCUAUUCACUCAAAUGAAGAGGAGGGAUGUAAGACCUAACCUCUUCACUUUUCCUUUUGUUAUCAAGUCUUGUUCAAUGAUCCCUGCCCGUAUGGCGGGAGAUCAGGUUCAUUGUUUUGCUUUAAAAACUGGCCUCAGAUCGAACUUAUUUGUCGGAACUUCCCUAAUUGAAAUGUAUGCAAUCAAGGUAGGAGCGGGGCUAGCUUAUAAGAUGUUUGAGGAUAUGCCUGAAAGAAAUGUUGUUGUGUGGACUGCUAUAAUAAGAGCUUAUAUUGCUGUUGGUGAUAUGAAAAAUGCUUUUAAUCUUUUUAAUCAGUUAGAAGAGCAUGAUGUGAUAGUAUGGGGCACCAUGAUUUCGGCUUUCAUAGAACAUGGAGAUAUUGCCACCGCAGAGGAGCUCUUUGCUAGUAUGCCAGUGCGUGAUGUUCAAUCUUGGAAUACUAUGUUGUUUGGCUAUGCCAAUGUGGAUUUUAUUGGAGCUUGUGAGAGAUUCUUUGCAAUCAUGCCUGUUAAGAAUGUUUUCUCAUGGAAUGGGCUGAUUCAAGGGCAUGCUCGACAUGCUUGGUGCUCUCGAUUGGGGGAGAUGGAUCCAUUUGUAUUCUAAUAACAACGGAUUCAAUGGGAACAUCUACAUAAAAAAUGGGCUCAUCGACAUGUAUGCAAAAUGUGGUUGCAUCAACAGUGCAAUCGAUGUGUUCUCUGCAAUGGAAAAGAGAGAUGUCAUUACUUG